AAAGCUAGAGGAUAGGCGGAAGUGAAAAUUUUCCUGAGAAAGGAGGGAAAACGAGAGAAAAUGAGUAGUAACAGUUCACUGUCAUCAUCAUCUCCGGCGCGUUCAUCGAUUUCGACCACAGCGAUUGUUGGGGCGAAUGCGGCUUCUUCAUUGGCAAUCGAGGAGUUCCACUUCCCGGCCGACCUCAUCUCCAUCCAAGACCGCAAGGACGAGGCAAUUCUUGUUUUGAAGUCUGAUCUGAUGGCUGCACUUAACAAAGAGGUUAAAUCCUUGGAUGAAGAUAGCUGGAUGUUUGAAGGACCUCGGUCUCGAAUUCACCUUAUAUCAAAACCAGGUGGUCUUCUUCAGAAGAAUGCAGAAACCACAAGAAACCAUAACCCGGCUCCGCCUAAAUGAUCGAUAUGCCUUCUAUCCAAAUAGCAUCUUGUACCAAUGGCCGCUCCGAAAUUAUUUUUCUUCUGUAUUUUGGUUGGAUUUCCUAUCUAACAGUUGUAGUUAUAAAGAACUGAUGCUUCCUUGGAUAUCUAAGAACUGAUUCUGCCCCUCCACUGUGGAUCUUCGUAGAGACCGAUCCACAUGGACCAAUCUAGCUGAUGCUUUCUUGUAAAUUUUCUGGAAAAUGUUCUGUUUUCAGUUUUGCCAAGCACUCCAUAACUGUUUGAGUAUUUAAACAAUCUAUUUAUUUCAAAAAAUUGUUAAAG